AAAUAAUUAUCGUUACCGCACUUAAACUGUAGGAUCAAGUAAUCGUAGUGAAGAAUUGAAUUCUAGGGAUUCAACGACAAGGUAGAGACUAGAGAGCCAUAUGUCGUACCUGCUUCCUCAUUUGCAUUCAGGAUGGGCCGUAGAUCAGGCAAUCUUAGCGGAGGAAGAACGCCUCGUCGUUAUCCGCUUCGGCCACGACUGGGAUGAGACCUGCAUGCAGAUGGAUGAAGUGCUUGCAUCAGUUGCUGAGACGAUAAAGAACUUUGCAGUCAUGUACCUUGUGGACAUAACGGAGGUGCCUGAUUUCAACACAAUGUAUGAGCUAUAUGAUCCAUCCACUGUUAUGUUCUUCUUCAGAAACAAACACAUUAUGAUAGAUCUUGGAACUGGAAAUAACAACAAAAUCAAUUGGGCUCUCAAGGACAAGCAGGAGUUCAUUGACAUUAUUGAGACUGUAUACCGUGGUGCAAGGAAGGGUCGUGGUUUGGUUAUUGCCCCAAAAGAUUACUCCACCAAGUACCGCUACUAAGUGUGUAAGAAAAUUGUUCAUUGGACUAUGUAAGAAAUUGUUAUGAAAACAAUAUGUAUGCAUAAAACCUAGCUUCAAAAAUUAAUAGAUUGUAAUCUCCUGGUUAACUAACUAGGAGUUUGUUAUGAUGGUAUAGUUCCUUUUUUUCACCUUUUGCAUGGACAAUGUAUCUGAUGUUUAUUUUGAGUUGAAACCAUAGAAUUUUCUCUGCC